GCCCACUCCACUUCACCGUCCAAUCAACGCUUACGUUGCUUUGUUGUCGUACGUGUGUUGACAGCGGAACUGAACAAUCGAGAGGGAGGUUAUCUGCAAGAAACCAACACAACAAGAUGGAGGUGGAGCAGCUCCUGUCUCUGUCAGGCUCAGCACUGGCCCAGGCUGUCAGCUCUCUGCUGGAGACCCCAGGCCUCUACGUCUUCUCUGACAUCCUGGAGCUGCCUAAUGUCAGAGAGCUGGAGAAUGGCCCUCAUGCACCGAUGUACCAGCUCCUGAACCUCUUUGCCUAUGGAACCUACUGCGACUACAAAGAGAGAGCAGCCUCUCUUCCCGAGUUGACCCCACCACAGAGAAACAAACUUCGCCAUCUGUCCAUCAUCAGCCUGGCAUCCAACCUCAAGUGCCUGCCGUACUCGUUGCUCCUGCAGCAGCUGGAGCUGAAGAAUGUGCGGGAGCUUGAGGACCUGCUGAUUGACGCCGUGUACUGUGACAUCAUCCAGGGCAAACUGGACCAGAGGAACCAGCAGGUGGAAGUAGACUGCAGCGUGGGUCGUGACCUCGGCCCCAAUGAGCUCCCAAACAUAGUCAACACGCUGCAGGAGUGGUGCACAGGCUGUGAGGCAGUGCUGUGCGGUAUUGAGGAGCAGGUCUCGAGGGCAAAUCAAUACAGAGAGAGCCAGUUAAAGGUCAAAGUCCAAGUGGAAACAGAGGUUUCAAACCUACAGAAAACGUUAAAGGCCAGCGCCGCCUCUCCAUCGUCAGGCCCCGCCCCUGCCGGAGCCGCCUCCAAUCAGGACGCAGACCAGCCCGCUGAGCCACGAGACCCCGCCUCCUCUCAGGAGCCACGACAACCAGGCAAAAAAAGUUCAAAGGUGAAAGGGCUGCGUGGCAGUGGGAAGAUCUGGUCCAAGUCCAACUGAAGACAAGACACUGAGACGUGAAGGCACUGAUGGACACUCUCACUGAUUAACGGACACAUGUUGACGGACAAACGGAUGUUCACGGACACCCUCGUCUCACACACGCAUCACAAUAAAACCAGGAAACUUCAUUGGGAUCUUUUUUUUUUUUGUCACCAAAUCUCACCUUGAUGGAUUCAGAAACACAGAGCAGCUGAUGGAAAAAGACAGGUGUGACAUCCACUAAUGCAGUUGUUAAUAGCCUAAAUGGCAGACUGUCAAUGCUCUCACACACACACACACACACACACACACACACACACACACACACACACACACACCUCUAACACAUUUUAACACAUGAAGUCUGCAACAGGAGUCAGCUGCCUUUGACCAGAAACAGGAUCAGUGUACGUGUGUAUCUCUUUUGGUUUAAAAAUGUUCUUUUAGAUUGAUUCUAUGUUGCUUUGUAUUUUUUUUUUCUCUCUGCUGAGUUGAGACAUGUACAAAAUCAGAAUAUAAAUUGUUGGGAAAUAAAGCGAAGCCCUGUACUUA